CUUUUCUGACUGUGAUGAACUGAAUUUGUGGUUUGAUCUCUGCACUCUUUUGGGUACCACUUUAUUUUGGAUGUCUAUAAUUUCUUACUGAUUUCCUGGUAAUUAUCAAGAAGUUGAUACUAAUUAUAGGGAAAACAAAGACACACUUCCAAUUAAUUACAAUUAAAUGCUAAUACCUAAGUCUUUUAAUCUGUUUUUUAACAGUAGGUUAGUUAAACAUGAAAAAAUUUGAAAGUUGUCUACAGGCAGUUAUAAAAUUCAAUAUAUGAGGAGAAUAAAUUUGUCAGUGAUUAAUAAAAUAAUUAAUUUUGCCUAUAAUUAACACCAAAUUACAUACUCUUUUCCAGGUAAGAAAACUAUUAGGAAUUUAUGGACCCGUAAAUAAUGCUGUAAUGUAUUUUGCCUAGCUGUCUCUUCGCCAGUCUCUGCUUUGCCUUGGCAGCUGUUUCAAAACACAUCUCGUUAUGCCACUCACAAAUCAGUUCUUGGAAGAAACAGAUUUAUGGACUAUAUUCAUCUACAAUCCACUGACAAAUAGACAAGAUGUGGCGACAAAACAGCUGGGACGAGCUAUGCAAACAUGCAGGCCAGCACACAAACAUUUGUAAAAAGUCUCCACCGUUUAUCUACCGGGCUCUUCCACUCUACCGACGCCAGAUCGUCCCCGUACAUGUGUACGCGCACCUCGUAACGGCCUCAACGUCAAACUCACGCUCUGCCAGUGAUCACCGCCUCAGUCUGCCUUUGGAUCUUCUGGACAUCGGUACCACACAAAUCGCCACGAUACCCUCGCCAUCCGGCCAACCUUGCCUCCAGAGCCAGCCGCCUACCCAAACGAAACGCCAGGCUUCACUGGUCCCCUGCCUGGCCGGUCCAGCCCUUCCCACUACGCUCGCCAGACCAGAACCAGUGCACCCCGUCUCCGACCCGGUGCCAAAAUUAACACUGGAGAGCAGGGUGCCUGCAGCAGAACUGAUUAGUGGCUCACAACAGAUGUUUCCUGUGAGUGGACAGUGGGACUGCCCUCACUCUGCUAGUGAUAAGUACCCUUUAUUAAUCGGCCAAGAAGGCACUGCAGCAGCUCACCCAGAACAGGGAAACCGGUGCCCUCUCCUGGAACCAGAUCUGGGAGAGAAGCUCGCUGGCGAGAGACUGGUGGCCGGGCCUUGACCCAUGGGGCUCGGCCGGGCACAUCUGAAAGAACUACAUGGAGCCGCCGCCCUGUGGGCCCAUCAUCCACAGGGAUAGGCAUUGGGGUCGGGUGCAGUGUAAGCCAGGCAGCAGGCAAAGGCGGGGACUUAGUCAUGCUAACCCCCAGCAUCGCAGACUAGUUCUAGGGAUGUGGAACGUCAACUCUCUGGUGGGGAAGGAACCAGAGCUGGUGAGGGAGGUGGAGUGGUAGCAACUAGAUAUAGUUGGGCUCACCUCUACACACAGUGCUGGGUCUGGAACCAAACUCCUGGAGAGGGGCUGGACUCUCCUUUUUCGGAGUUGUUGUCUGACAACAGUGAAUACAGUACUGAAGUGAUUUAUCCGACCUGGACUCUGACGACAGGGAAUGACGAAGACACAGCGUGUUCAGGCAGGGACAGGAGAGGCUUGAAGUGGGAGAGGAGCGAGUUUGUAGUGAGUUAAUUUCUCUUCAAGACUGCCCAAUCAACAGUAGAUCUGCUGAUAUUCAACAAGUCUGAAAGAAAGAAGUCUGCUAAAAGGAGAUCUGUGCUAUUUUUGAGAUCUAACAAGGUUAGAAAAGAAGAAUCCCUGUAUCUUACGCACGAGUCACGUGGUGCAGAGAAGGAGAAAUAGAGAGAGACGGAGAGACAGAGCAAAAGAGACUCAAAGACUGAUGCAUGGAACUCAAGCGAGUUUCAUUUGGAACUGAUCACCACUGAGAACCCCAGAGAAAUGGCACUGCUUCUCCUCCCCUCUUCCCUCCAGAGCAACGCCUGCUCAGCAAAAACUCAGGUGAAACAACAGAUACUUUUCUGUGACAUUGGGGUUUGUUGCUUUAGCUUAAUAUGAACAAUUAGAAAACUUAGAUAAAAAUUAGGACCUUUCAUCAACAUAGAUAUUAUUAGUAUAUAUGUAAUUACUUCAGGUGAUUAAUAUUUCCUAAUAAUGAUCUCCCUUGACUUUCCAAAAUAAUUAUUCACUGCUUCCUCUGUGUCAAAUGGUCAUUCAUUCACUUAUUAAUUAUUCAUUGCUGUGUUCAUAUUCAUUCGAGGUUGCAUUUAUCUGUUAAUUUGUGUGUCUAGUUGUAUAGUUGUUUGUGUAGUCUAGUAGUUAUUGUCCUGUGUGUGUAGUUAGUAGUUAAAUAAACAUUUAUAAAAUGUUAGUUCUGGUCACUGUCCUGAGACAAGAACUCUGUAGCAAGUUAUUCAGGAUCUGUGGGGUUAUGUUAUUAAUAUAAUUUAUGACAUUUUCAGAGGUAAGUUAACAUUUCCUAACUACCUAUUCAGUAACAGAGCUAGAUGAUGAUAACAAUGCAGAGAAAAAAAUACAGUAGUGUUCUGAGAUUGCCAAGUCAUUUACAGAGGAUAGAUCCAACGUGUGACCGCCAUUAAGAGUGGGCCCUUAACAUGUUGGAUAAAAUCCAUAGAGCUCAACACAUUUAGGAACUCAUCAGCUUUAGAGUAGGCCGCAUUAUUCACAUGUAGCUUAAAAUCAUCUAUGACCAUAAUGUUGUCAUAAUUGGUACUGGCAAUAGGGAGAGAUCAAAUAAUUUUUUAAGCACUGGGGAGGGACUUAUGUUUUUUUUAUUAAAUUUGGUAUCUCCCACCCCUACCUUAACCUCAUUGGACCUCACGCCCCACCUUAACCGCCCAUUAGACGCAAUGCAUGCAUGACAAUAGUGAAUCCUGUAUCUGUGAUGUAAGAUUUAUCAGGAUUUUCGUUGUUUACAGGUAGCUUUCUGUUUCUUUUUGACCCCCCCCCCCCUUCCUGUAAUAUUAAGUUUAUAUGAAAUAUGAAACAUGAAUAUACAUUUACAGCAUGGUGUGACUCCUGUUCAGACUCUCCUGAAUAGUGGGCUAUCUUGCUUGGGUCAUUUCUGGCCCAAGUAAGACAUUUGGAGCAUUGGCCGCCAUGCCAAUUGAUAUUAUUAUGGCCGCUGCUUCCACUGUUGUGUAUGCUACGGUUUAUUUGGGAAACGGUUAUUAAUAUGCACAUGUUGCUAAUGUUGGCUGUGUGCUUGCUGUGUGUGUGUGUGUGAUGUGUAGGCUUAUUAACUUUUGUUGGUUUUGUGUGAUAUGAGGGGCUGUCAUGCACCCAUAUAUUCAUAUUCUGCUCAAGUGCGCGUGUGUGAUGAUGCAAUUAUUUGUAAUGAAAAUGCAUUUUGAAAUUAGCUGUUUUGGUGAUAACUCUUCACUUCCUUCCAUGCUGUUUGCUUGUUGCAUUGGCUGGACUAAGUUAGCGUCUUAUGUUUGUUGGUAAGUUGGGCUGGUAGUUUUCUUUUUUCCCGACGAGGGAAGGGGGGUCAGAGGGCCCAGGUUUAAGAGUCACGAUUCGCUAUUAAACGUAAUGGUUGGAAAACGUCAGCCUUUGCUUUUUAUUUUCUCCAAUACUACCUACCUUUGGUGUGAAUAUAAUAAAAUAUGGUUAUUUAUGGUGGAGGGAGGGUGAUGCAUUUUCCCCCAGUCACUCAGGGAGGCUCAAGGAAUGUGAGUGGGGGCAGUGGACUGGAGAUGACGCACUGCUUCCCGCCACAAGGUGCACAAACUCUUCUUUGAGAAUCUCUGAUUGUUGGGUUUUUAAGUCGUUAAUGUCCGACGUGGACAAUGACUGCAGAGGCAGAGUUGUGAGUUUGAGUCAGCUGCAGAGCGAUGGGUGUGAUGUCCUUUAUGCAGGCACCUGGAUAGCAGAAAUUACGGCCACUGCUUACUGCUAUGUGCUGGACCACAGAGGUGUCAACAACAAGCACUGUGGGUGGGCGUCCGAGGUGAGGACAGAAGGCAGGCAGCCAGGGAGAGUGGCAGCAGAGGAGUCCCAACUCGGGACAACAGCAGCAGCCGAGCCGGGAGAGCACCAAGGGGGAGGAGGAGGAGCGAACAGACGGUCCAGAUCAGGCAGCAUUGUGAUCCUGAUGGGCCACGGUCCAGCCGUGGGAGCCGAUCCGGCCCUCUGCAGCACUGGAAACAGACGGCAGUAGGUGAGGUCCGUGGCAGUGCAGGAGCCACCAGCCAGAUCGGGGCGGUGGCCUGGGCAAAAUAUGGAUGGUCACCUAGUUGGAGCCUCACUGGAGAGCUAGUCCAUCCUCUUUGUCCAGUGCUUGGAAUUUAUUGCUCAGCGGGAGAAUUUCAGAUGACAGUGGUCGAGUGGAGCGUUUAGCACGACCUUUAAUUCAAUUCAAUUUUAUUUAUUUAUAUAGCGCCAAUUCAUUCAACAGAAGUUAUCUCAAUGCACUUUUCCUGUAGAGCAGGUCUAGACCGUAUUCUUUAUAAUAUUUAUUUACAGAGACCCAACAAAUCCCACCAUGAGCAAGCAUUUGCACCUUUAAGGUGCAGUCUCUCGCUAAAAAUACAGACAAGGCUUCAGAGAGGGAUCAGGUUACACUUUUGUGUAAGACCAAAGGUGGCAGUCCAUAAACAUCAACAAAAAAGUCUCUAAUUCCAAUAUAGGAGCCAAAAGCCUAAGACACCUAAGACACCUCGGUGUCUUAGAUAACCAUUAGCGAUGAUAGCUAGUCAUUCAGUGUAGCACCAACGUACAAUUUUCACAGCUUAGCUAACGUUAGGUCUUCCAAGUACAGAGUGUAAAAAAGAGCCAUAGCGACCUAACGUUAGCUUAGAAAAACGGAGAGGGAAAAAUGGCAAAAGCUGUUGUUUGUGGUUCACGUUUGAUUAAAGAAGAAUAAAGAAUUAAGAUAAAAUAACUAUUAAGAUCAAAGAUGGACCGGGCAAUGUUAGCAGCUAUCGUCGGUGUGCUUUACUGAGAAGCAGAGAAGGCUGCUGAUCUGAGGAGGUGACUGCAAGUGAGAAGAACCAGGAUGAGGAGUAGGAUGGGAGAUGGAGCAGGAUGGUUUGUGCUAUCUUAGCGUUUGUGUCUGGCUAUGUAUGUUAUUUUAUAAAAUAUACCUAAAGCAGCGCUUACCUAAACAGAAUAUAUACGAUGCAGUAGAUAGAAAUGUUGCUGAAGUCAUCUGCUGUGUUGGUUACAGUGGUCUGUGUGACUGUGGGGCAAGAGGAGUCUGUGAGCAUGACUGGCCGGCUGGCUAGCUAGCUAUCGCUGCAGGCGCUUGUGAGCACAUUUUAGAUUUGCCAUCAAUUUUCCUAAAACUGCCAAUAUCUGAAAUCUACAUAGCUGAUUUCUCACCUCAAAAAUUCUCAUAAGUAAUUUUAGUGCUGAAAUACCAUAUGAAAAUUGUACAAAAAAAAUAAAAAUACAGUGUGGUGCCAGAACCAUCUGCCUCGCAGUCCGGCCUGAAGAGACACGAUGCAAACUCACCGCACAUACUCAGAAAUUAUUGCUAAUCUAGUAUAUUUCUUAGCAUUUUUCACUUACACAAAAUUCACAUACUAUGCAGUAUGUGUGCACUACAUACUCAAUUUGACGUAUGCGAUUUUAACCACAGCCUAUAUGAGGAUAAUCUCCUUCUGAAGCGUCCAUCUUCAGUUUUAUUAAUUUGUUCAUAUAGGUUAUAAGCUGUUGUCGAGUUGAAAUCAAUCAGAUGAAAUGAUACCCGGUAGUUUGAUGUCAUCAUCUGACACGUUGUCAGCGUUUUGAUUGAAACUAGUUUCACAUAGCUAGUUUCACAUAGCUCAGAGUUUUGCAACUGUUGCGGCUGAGUUUCAGACAAGUUUCAAGUGUGUUGCAGAGGGCUUUACACCAUACAACUCAAUUGCAAUUUCAACCAACUAAAGUUGCGUGAAAGUUUCACCUUCUAAAUCCAGCCUUAGAGGUGUUGGUAGGAGCAUUUUUGAACUUUGGACAGUGCCAGGCUAGCUGUUUCCCCCUGCUUCCAGUCUUUAAGGCUUUCCAUGUCCUGACUCCAGCGCCGUACUUAAUGCAUGACAUGAGGUAUGAUAAUGAUAUCGAUCUUCUCAUUUCAUUAUUGAGAAAAAAAGCAAAGAAGCAUAUUGAACUAUUCUUUUAGCACAUUACUCAUUUUAUCACUUUGUCAAAUGUUCAGCAAAUAUCACAAGCUAUGACGUUCUUUUCAUGAAGUAAGAUGGUGUAAUCCCUCAUUUGUCCAGGAGUGUUCUAUCGUAGAAAA